GUGAUGGUGUGAGGAUGGUUGUGAAGGAUGUUGGGGGCGGAUACGGGGGAGUGUUAUCGCAGCAGGGCAGAUAGCCGCGGGGCGGGAGGCGAGCGCGUCAGCCCACUGGCGGCCAUGGGACUGGCGCGGCUGGUGGUGCUGGCGGCGCUGGCGGCCCUGGCGAGCCCCGUGCCGCACCGGAGGGUCAAGAGGAUCGUGGGCGGCACGGAGGCGGACCCCCCGGCCCAAGCGCCGCCCGCCGUGCUGGUGUACGAGGAGGGGGAGUACGUGGCGGCCGUCACCGGGACCAGGCUGGACGGCUACGUGGCCUUCGAGGGGAUCCGAUACGCCGAGCCCCCCGUCUGCGAGUACAGGUUCCAGCGAGCGCGCAGGCUGAGGCUGGAAGGAGAGGUGGACGCCACUCGGCCUGGAGCGCCCUGCCCCCAGCCCGGCCCGGCGGGCGGCGACCAGGUGGUGGGCAGCGAGGACUGCCUGCUCCUCAACGUGUACGCCCCCCGGUCGGCCCCCGGCGACGAGGCGCCCCCGGGCCUGCCCGUUAUGGUGUGGAUCCACGGCGGGGGGUUCCGGCGGGGCUCCGCGGCCCAGUACGGCCCGGGGCCCCUCGUCCGCAAGGGCCUGGUGCUGGUGCCGGUGCAGUACCGCCUGGGCUCCCUCGGAUUCCUGAGCUCGGCCAACCGGGAGGUUCCGGGCAACAUGGGGCUGUUCGACAUCGCGCUGGCGGUCGAGUGGGUGAAGGAGUACAUCGGCCACUUCGGCGGCGACCCGCGGCAGAUCACGCUCGCCGGCCAGGGGUCAGGGGGCAGCAUCGCCACGCUCAUGACCCUGUCCUCCUUCACCAACGGCAGCGUGAGCCGGGUGGCCGCCCUCAGCGGGACGCCCCUGUCCUCCUUCGCCGUGGACAAGAGCCCGGCCGCCACGGGCCGCUCCGUCGCCGAGAGCAACGGCUGCCCCGAGACGCCGGCCCUCGAGAUGGUGCGCUGCCUGCAGGCGCUGCCCGUUGAGAAGCUCGUCCGGACCGACUCCCUGCGCCAGGACUUGGAGCAAGGCAUCGUGAACAGCCUGGCAGACCCGCUGGGCUCGGCACCCGUCGUGGACGGGGAAGACGACAGGCGCUCCCUGCCGGGACUCGUCAGGAUGUCGCCCCUCGACGCCCUGCGGUCCUCCGAGUACCCGGACAUCCCGCUCCUGACGGGCGUCACCGCUGCCGAGACCGGCACCGCCAUCUCCGGGAAGUACCGAGAUGAAGUGGUGGCCGAGAGCAGCAGCAUCCCAGGCUUCUGGAGCAGUGCGCUGCAGGGCCUCACCAAGAAGUCAGGGGUGGAGCUGUUCAGCAACGUGAACAACGACUGGCUGAGCACGUGGACGACGGGCUACCAGAGCAUCCUGCAAGGGGGCGGCCAGGGCAGCCAGGACGUCCUGUCCCGCCUCAUCGAGGCUACCGGCGAUGCCCUGUUCAACGUCCAAGCAUUCGAGAUGGCGGAGUUCUGGGCGAAGAAGUCGAAGCGCACCUACCUGUACAGCUUCGACCACCAAGGGGCUGAGAGGGGCGGGCCGUUGUUCCUGGCAGGCCUGCCGCUGGUCGCACAAGGGGGCCGCUCGAGCGGGCAGCCCGCCAGUCGCGGGCCUGCCCACGGUGACGACUUGCUCUACCUGUUCGAUGCCCUGCCACUGACGGGGCGGUCCGGUGCCGCCACCCCGACGAACCUCACCCACCCCGACGACGUCAGAGUUCGAGACAUCUACACGGACCUCGUCGCGCAGUUCGUGAAGACUGGCUCGCCGCGUCUCCCGGGCGGCCAGCAAGGGGCGUGGCCCAGCUUCCAGGACUCGACCAGCGCUUUCCUCAGGAUCUCGCCCAGCCCGCAGGUCCUCGGCGGCUUCCGGUACUGCCAGAUGGCCCUGUGGACGGGGCUGGUGUCCCGCCUGCAGGACCCCGCCUGCGCCGGCAUCCAGGGCGUCGAGAAGAUCGCGCAGAACUUCGUGUCGGUCCUGGGGAGCACCACUGCCACCAUCUUCGACUCCGUGACGAGCCUCGCCAACCUCACGGGCCUCCUGCCGAGCUUCCCGAACAUCCUCACGGGCGGAGGCCUGCAGAACCUCCUCCCGGGAGGAGGGGUGCCGAACCUCAUCCCGGGAGGGGUGCCCAACAUCCUGCCGGGAGGAGGGGUGCCCAACAUCCUGCCGGGAGGAGGGGUGCCCAACAUCCUGCCAGGCGGUAACCGACCGAUCAGCAUACCCUUGCUGCAGCCGGUACAGGGCGCGUCCCAGGCCAGACCACGAGGCUCUGUCCAGACAUGGCCUCCCAAACCAGGACCCAGAAAAAUAUCUCUGGGAGACUUACUGGGGCCCCCUUAGAUUGUAACUACUUGCACAAUUACUUCAAAGUAAACAACAUUAUGGAGAAACACUGUUAUAGCAUUGACAAUGAAUAAAAUAUUUACUGCCUUUUUUUUUAA